GCGUGGACGCAUUCUGUGGACGCGCACGGUGGCUGGAGCAGCCGGUGCGCUGCCGGAGUUCGACGUGGCACUCGGCUGUACGGUUACAGUGCGGUUCGUACCGGAGCAGAACCAGCGCACGCUUCGCUCCAAACAGGUUACAUGUGGAGCUGUACCAGCGUGGAAUGACACAAGUGUGAUCUCUGUGAGCACAAGGAACUGACGCCAUGAGUCAACAGGGAUACGUGGCCGCGCCCCCGCUGUCGCAGGCCCAGCCGGGAAUUGGAGGCUAUCCGGCAUCCUUCGGGGUGCCGCCCUCUCAGCCUCACUACGCGCACUAUGGCGGGACACCUCAGUCAGCAGCAUCUCCUCCUCCAGCUGUGUACAAGACCCCCGCUUCGUCCGGCUCCAGCCUGCCACCACCCCCAGGGCCAGGGCCGUUUGUGUCUAACGGUGUGCACAACGGAGUCGGCACACGCGGGUUCCCCCCUCCCACCUCAGCUGCCUCUGGCUCCACAUACCCUUCGUCCCCUUAUCCAGGAUUGGCUCCUUCUCCAGCCUCUACGCAGCAGCUAGCCAAUCAGAUGGGUGCUAUGCAAAUCGGCGGAUAUGGCCAUGGGCCUCUCCACGGUCCUCAGUCACCCACAAGUUCGGUACCACAACCGACUUCCCAGGUUCUGCCACCAACAUCAGGACGCCCCCUCAUGCCUCAGGCUCCUCAGAUGGCACCUCCACCUUCAGCCUCGGGACAACCCUUCAUGCCUCAGUCCCCUCAGAUGGCACCUCCACCAAUCGGUGCUAGCUCUGCUAUGGGCACCACAGCUGCUGCUGCAGCAAUGGGAGUGCCUGGGUCCUUCUCUGGGCUGCCGCAUCCCCCUGGUGGUUCUGGAUUCCAGCAACCCCCAGGAUUAGCAGGACCACAAGGGUUCCAACCACAGCAAGUGGGACCAUACACAGGGCAAAUGGGCGCACAGCCUGGCUUCCCCGGAGCCUUCCCAGCAGGGGCCGCCCAGAUGGCUGGGCCUCCACAGAAGAAGCUGGAUCCCGACUCCAUUCCCAGCACGACACAAGUGAUCGAGGACGACCAGACCAAACGUGGAGGGCAGGUUUAUGCCACCAAUCUUAGGGGGCAGGUGCCCCCCUUGGUGACCACAGACUUUGUGGUCCAAGAUCAAGGCAACGCGAGCCCCCGUUUCAUACGCUGUACGACCUACUGUUUCCCCUGCACAGCUGACCUGGCCAAGCAGUGCCAGGUGCCCCUAGCGGCUGUCAUCAAACCCUUUGCCGCCGUCCCCAAAAACGAGACACCCCUGUACACGGUGGACCACGGCGAGGCAGGACCCAUCCGCUGCAACCGUUGCAAGGCCUACAUGUGUCCUUUCAUGCAUUUUAUCGACGGGGGGCGUCGCUACCAGUGCGGCUUUUGCAGCUGCGUAAAUGAAGUGCCAGCAUUUUAUUUCCAACAUCUGGACCACAUGGGCCGGAGGGUAGACGCCUACCAGAGGCCCGAGCUCUCUCUGGGAUCCUAUGAGUUUGUUGCCACUUUGGAGUACUGCAAGAACAAGAAACCUCCCAAUCCGCCUGCAUUUAUCUUCAUGAUCGACGUGUCCUAUCCCAACAUCAAGAGCGGCCUGGUCAGGCUUCUAUGCGCCGAGCUGAAGUCGCUGCUGGAGAGACUGCCCAGAGAGGAGGGUGCGGGGAGCUCUGCCGUCAGGGUUGGCUUUGUCACCUACAACAAGAUCCUGCACUUCUACAACGUGAAGAGCACCUUGGCCCAGCCGCAGAUGAUGGUGGUGUCCGACGUGGCAGAGAUGUUCGUGCCGCUGCUCGACGGCUUUCUUGUCAACUUCCAGGAGUCUCGAUCAGUCAUCAACAAUCUCCUGGAGCAGAUUCCAGACAUGUUCACCGACACCGGCGAAAGCGAGACCGUCUUCGCCCCCGUUGUGCAGGCCGGCAUGGAGGCCCUCAAGGCAGCCGACUCCAGCGGGAAGCUCUUCAUCUUCCACUCCUCCAUCCCCACUGCCGAGGCUCCUGGGAAACUGAAGAACCGGGAUGACAGGAAGCUCAUCAACACUGAGAAGGAGAAGACGCUCUUCCAGCCCGCGAAAGGCGUCUACGAGGAUCUGUCCAAGGAGUGCGUGUCCAACGGCUGCUGCGUGGACCUCUUCCUCUUCCCCGGCCAGUACAUAGACGUGGCCACCAUGGGCAGCGUUGCCAUGCACACCGGCGGCUCCGUCUACAAGUACAGCAAUUUCCAGGCUCAAGUUGAUGGGGACAAUUUCCUGAGGGACAUCAGGAAGGAAGUGGAGAAGCCAGUAGGGUUUGACGCCACCAUGCGAGUUCGGACCAGUACAGGCUUCAGAGCCACAGACUUCUUUGGAGCCAUCUACAUGAGCAACACCACUGACGUAGAGAUGGCUGCCGUGGACUGCCACAAGGCCGUCACUGUGGAGUUCAAACACGACGACAAGCUCAGCGAUGACGCCGGCGCUCUCGUUCAGUGUGCGCUGCUGUACACCUCAGUUGGAGGGCAGCGGCGACUGCGCAUACACAACCUCAGCCUCAGCUGCAGCUCCCAGCUGGCCGACCUCUACAAGAGCUGCGAGACGGACGCUCUGGUCAACUUCUUCGCCAAGUCAGCGUACCGCGCCAUGGUGAACCAGCCCCUGAAGGCGGUGAGGGAGGUCCUGGUGCACCAAACAGCCCACAUGUUGGCCUGCUACAGGAAGAACUGUGCCAGCCCCUCGGCCGUCAGCCAGCUGAUCCUGCCGGACGCCAUGAAGGUGCUCCCCGUGUACAUGAACAGCCUCAUGAAGAGCGCCGCCCUGGUGGGCAGUGCAGACCUCUCCACGGACGACAGGGCCCUCCAAAGGCUGCUGGUGACCGGGAUGGGCGUGGAGGAGACCCAGGCCCUUUUCUACCCCCGACUUAUUCCUCUGCACAACUUGGAUGUGGGCAGCAAGGCGGUGCCGCUCGCCGUGCGCUGCUCUGAGGAGCGCCUCUCCGAGGGAGGAGUCUUCCUGCUGGAGAACGGCCUCCAGAUGUUCCUGUGGCUGGGUCAGGCCUGCCCUCCGGAGUUCAUCCAGAGCAUCUUCAACGUGCCGUCCUUCGCUCACCUCGGCGCAGACGUGAUGACGUCCAUACCAGAGCUGGACAACACGCUCUCUAAGAAACUGCGCUCUGUAAUUGACCACAUCAACCAACAGCGGUCCCAUGCCAUGAAGCUCGUCGUCGUGAAGCAGAAAGACCGCUCCGAGGCGCCCUUCCGCCAACACCUGGUCGAGGACAAGGGUCUGCAUGGAGGAGCCUCGUACAUGGACUUCCUGUGCUACGUCCACCGCGAGAUCCGGCAGCUGCUCACCUAAGCGCGACCGGGCGACCGGCACGUCGAAGGCCGAAAGCCAGGCUCGUUGCCGCCUGCCCCUCUGGCGCCCUCGUUCGACCAAAUAAGGAUGCUGCGGUCAGCAAGACUAGCCAUUACCUCUGUGGGGUUCUUCAUUCUUGGGAUGGUUUUGUGGAAGGGAGCGUGUGACGCCGUCCCUGAAAGCUGCGGACAGCUUUACUUUCCUAAGAGCCUCUCUGCACCUCCGCAUUUCGCUUAACGUGCCCUGCGUCCAGGUGGUUUAAAACAACUAAUGUUAGAGUCCAAACGGAUCCCCGGCUCCUUUCUCCCGUCGGCAGAGUUCCCGUCAGGAAUUAGUAAUGACCCCGCUAAAGGGCAGCGAACCCGUUCGUCUUCGUGCCUGCAUUAUUUAUAAGGUCUCUUUAGAAAAGUACUCGGACUUCGGAUUUCAGUACGUGAUUACUGCCAAUACAUCCGAAGUAGCUAGUAACAAAAUGGGGCGCGAGUAAGUAUUGACAGCUCUAGGCGAGGCCGGCUGCCUUUAGGUGGUGUGUGAAUAUGAAAAAUAAAUACGAUGCGACAAAAUAAACACCUUAGUGAUGUGGUGACAAUUAAGAAAUAGUGUAACUGGAACAUAGAUUGUAAUUAAUUAAAAAUAUUCAAAUGGGUCCAAAAGUGUCUAUUUGCAAGUCCCAGUUCUUAAGAUUAGUCUUAUAAUCCCAGUAUUUCCAAUAAACAUUAUGGAUGUGUGACUUAAAGCCUAAACCCCCCCCCCCCCCCCCCUUUUUUUUUU